AUGUCCGGGGAAGCUACGAUCAGACUGGCAACUCCCGAGGAUGUCCCUUACAUCCUCCAAUUCAUCCGGGAGCUAGCCGACUACGAAAAGGCCCUCCAUGAGGUCGAAGCCACCGAAGAAUCUCUCCUAGCCACACUCUCCUUCCCCAAUGACACCCCCAAGCGAGGAUCCGUCUACACCGCUCUCGUUAUCCCUCCCGCCACAGCAGAGAACCCAUCUCCGGUACCCGUGGGCAUGGCCCUGUUCUUCUACAACUACUCGACAUGGCGGUCGGCUCCCGGGAUCUACCUUGAGGAUCUCUACGUGCAGCCCAGCGCCCGCGGCAACGGAUACGGAUUCAAGCUUUUGAGGUACCUGGCUGCAAAGGUACUGGAGGUCAAGGGUCGCCGUCUGGAGUGGAGUGUCCUCAAGUGGAAUGAGCCGAGCAUCAAGUUCUACAAGCAGGUUGGGGCUCAGGCUAUGGAGGAGUGGAUGAAGAUGAUGGUUGAGGGGCCGGCACUGAAUAAGUUGGCGGAGGGACUGUAG